CUCUUUCACUCCGUGGACGUUAAAAUUUCUUCUUCUUCUCCGUCAGUUGACGUCGAGAGCAUCUCUUCGAUCUGAAGAAUGAAGAAUGAGUAUAUAACCAUUUAGUUCUUACACAAUUUACUCUUGUUCAGAGGAUUGCCUGGCUAAGUGAGAAAUGGAAGAGAUUAAAUGGCUCAAGCUCGAAUCCUCUCACUUCCUGACGGGUAAUAGUAGUCUGGGUGAUCAUUAGAUCAGGUUUGUGAAGCAGAACGUGGACAACAUAAUACGGGGAGAUUAUACUCGGAAAAUCAGCCUGUUGGAACUCCUUCAUCUGAGAUCUCAGGUAUAGCAUUAAAUUCUUUGCAAGACAAUUGUACAGGGCCUCAACCGGGUUUGGUGAUGUCUAACUCUGGGGAAGCACCUGAGAACCCAGGUUUGUUGCUGUCCAACUCCGGGAAAGCCCUGGAUCAGCCAGGUUUACUGUUGUCUAACUCUGGUAAAGCACUGGACCAAACAGGGAAAAAGCAAUAUGUCAAGCAAGUUACUGGUAGACAUAAUGAUACUGAGCUACAUUUAGCAGUGAAAAAGGGAGAUUUAGAGGCUGUGAAACAACUGUUGGGUAACGUAAAAUCUAAAAAUGGCUUACAGAGUCCUCAGGCAGAUCACACAGUGAUUGAUAUUGAGAUGGGGGAGAGUUUACCAAGUCUGGUGGAUGAAGUGAAUGAGCUAGGAGAAACGCCCUUGUACCUUGCUGCAGAACAGGGGCAUUUGGAAGUGUUAAAAGAGCUUUUGAAGUUUGCGCAUCCUGAAACUCUUACUAAAAAAAAUCGUCUUGGAUAUGAUGUCUUACAUAUUGCAGCAAAGCAGGGCCACAUAGGUAUUGUGAAAGAGAUUCUGAACCUUCAACCUGGCCUGAGCAAAACUUUCGAUUUAUCAAAUGCUACACCUCUUAUUUCUGCUGCAAUCAAGGGCCAUGUUGAGGUUGUUAAUGAGCUUCUUGCAAAAGACUGCCAGUUGAUAGAAAUUGCUAGAAGCAAUGGUAAGAAUGCACUGCAUUUUGCUGCAAGAAGUGGUUAUACAGAGAUAGUUACAGCUCUUCUGGAAAAGGAUCCGCAUAUGGUUCGAAGAGAAGAUAGGAAAGGGCAGACAGCGUUGCACAUGGCAGCCAAAGGUGCAAACUGCUUGGAAGUAGUGAAGGUACUCCUUAAGGUUGAUCCAGCUAUAGUUAUGAUGCCAGACAAAAAGGGUAACACUGCAUUGCAUGUUGCCACAAGGAAGAAGCGUGAAGAGAUUGUGAGAGAACUUCUGAAAAUGCAACAUAUCAGUGUGAAUACACUAAAUAGAUCCAAUCAGACUGCUAUGGAUCUUGCAGAAGAGUUGCCUUACUCAGAAGCUGCCACAGAAAUCAAAGCCUGUCUGGCAGACUUCGGUGGAGUUAGAGCCAAAGGUCUGAAUCAGCCAAGAGAUGAAUUAAAAAAGACAGUAAGUGAAAUAAAACAUGAUGUUCUCUAUCAACUGAGGCAGACUGAGAAAACCAAUAAAAAUGUGAACGGUAUAGCAAAGGAUCUAAAGAAACUGCACAGGGAAGGUAUAAACAAUGCCACUAACUCAGUGACAGUUGUUGCUGUCCUGUUUGCUACAGUAGCAUUUGCUGCUAUUUUUACAGUACCCGGUGGCAAUAUAAACUCUGGAGAGGCUACAGUGGCAAAUCGUGCUUCUUUUCAAAUAUUUUUUGUUUUCAAUGCCAUUGCUCUUUUCACAUCUCUGGCUGUUGUGAUAGUCCAAAUCACUCUGGUAAGAUGGGAAACAAGAUCUCAGAGAAAGGUGGUUGAGGUGAUUAACAAACUCAUGUGGCUAGCUUCUGUAUGCACAACUGUUGCCUUUGUUGCAUCUGCAUACAUAGUUGUGGGUCGCCAUGCUCAGUGGUUGGCCUUUGCCGUUACUUUUAUAGGUGGGAUAAUUAUGGUCAGUGUGUUUGGUACAAUGACCUAUUUCAUUGUCAAAUUCAAGAGGAGUCGAUCUUUCAGGAGGCUGAGAAGAUCUUCAAAUAGUCGAUCCAGCUCAUGGAACUUACCUUCAGAAUUUUCAGAGUCAGAGAUUGAUAGCCACAGGAUAUAUGCAAUUUAACAUCUGCUGUUUCAACUGACAUAUCAUGAAUGUGGUUUAUCUCAUAUGGGUCCUUCAUAAUUCAUGUCAUUUACUAGAUUAUGUAUCUCUACAACUCCAAGUUAUGUUUGAUUGUGACGUGUAUCCACAUCUUGGUUCACUACCUCCAUCUUCCCAUCCCCACGUUAUUUUCCUAUUCAAAUAUUGUUUGUAUAAUUUUGGAGAUACUUAUAUUUGCCCUUUUUGCCAUUCGUAUAUUUCCCUGGCUUUGUAAAAGAAGGCUUCUAGAACAUAGCCUCCAAGCAUAUUAUGGUAUUCACACAGGUAAUUCUGGUUGCAGGUUUUGAGUUUAUAUAGAGGUUCAUUAUGCACACCUAUAGCUUUGUAUGGUACUGUAUAGAAAAGUACUAUGGGGGUCCAUGCACCUUUUAAACCUCCCUGCAAUGUUCCCACUUUUGCUUGUGGGGAUCUCCAGUAUUAAACUUCUACAUGCCAUGUAAUUGCAAUGGUCCAAAUUUUAUAUGGACAUCAAAAAUGUGCUUUUCAGAAUGUUUUGAA